ACCAGGGGAGGCGCUGUGACGAUCCCUCGACUGUGGCAUAGCUCUCUCACCCGAAACGGUCGACUGUAGUUGUCUGAAUGUGUCCCGAAUGACAGCAACUCCGACGACAAGUCGCUGCUAAUGAAAUGGACGUGACGGAAAUCUGCCCUCAACCCGGCAGCCACCAGGAAACAAAUGGGCACAAAGAUCCGGAUCCGGACCGGCAGGAUGAGCCAGAGUCAGAGGAGGCAGAGCCACUGCUCCGAGAAAACCCCAGACGGUUUGUCAUCUUCCCCAUCCAGUACCCUGACAUCUGGAAGAUGUACAAGCAGGCACAGGCCUCUUUCUGGACCGUGGAAGAGGUUGAUCUAUCCAAGGACCUAGUGCACUGGGACAGACUGAAACCCGAGGAAAAGCACUUCAUCUCCCAUGUCCUUGCUUUCUUCGCUGCCAGCGACGGCAUUGUCAAUGAGAACCUGGUGCAGAGGUUCAGCCAGGAGGUGCAGGUCGCAGAGGCGCGCUCCUUCUAUGGUUUCCAGAUCCUUAUUGAGAAUGUCCACUCUGAGAUGUACAGCAUGCUCAUCAAUACGUACAUCAGGGACCUCAAGGAAAGGGACUAUUUAUUCAAUGCCAUUCAGACCAUGCCCUGUGUGAAACGAAAAGCGGACUGGGCUCUCCAGUGGAUAAAUGACAGCAAAUCCACUUUCGGGGAGCGAAUUGUGGCCUUUGCAGCAGUGGAGGGCAUCUUCUUCUCUGGCUCGUUUGCUGCCAUCUAUUGGCUAAAGAAGAGAGGCCUCAUGCCUGGCCUGACCUACUCCAACGAGCUGAUCAGCAGGGAUGAGGGCCUGCACUGUAAAUUUGCCUGCUUGCUGUACAGCUACCUGGUGAAGAAACCGUCACAGGACAGAGUCAAGGACAUCAUCACCAAAGCCGUCAGCAUUGAACAGGAGUUCUUGACAGAGGCCUUGCCGGUGGAUCUCAUAGGGAUCAACUGCUCUCUGAUGAAGCAGUACAUCGAGUUUGUGGCUGACUGGCUACUCACCGAGCUUGGACUGGCCAAGGUUUACCACAGUGAAAAUCCCUUUGACUUCAUGGAGUCCAUCUCAUUAGAGGGGAAAUCCAACUUUUUUGAGAAACGAGUGGCCGAGUACCAGAGAUUUGGAGUUAUGUCAAACAUGAUGGACUGUGAAUUCACACUGGAUGCUGACUUUUGAGAUACUGUUACAUAUAACAUUUUGUCACUUCUUUGUUACAUCAAGAUAUUUAUUUCAGUUACAUUUGUGUACCUGGUUGAGCAGUCCCAAGCUGAGAUUAUUUUUGUUUUCAAAUGAGAACAGUCUGACUAACAGCCUAGAGACUGAAAACCUGCUUUAAAAAAAAAACAAAAAAAAAACACUCAAGCUACUCCAGGGGCAGUAAGAUUACUAAUGGACAUGUUGUGGCUGAAACACACCUCUCAACAAGCACUUGUGAGCUGUUUUGGUAAACAAACAUCGGUAAUGAAACAACAAGCAAAACAAAGCCUAGUGGGGUAAUUACAAUGAUUGGUACAGUCUACUUAACUUAUUAAUGUUUUGUAAUAGAUUUCACUGGGCCUGCACCUCUGACUUUUCUGUUACUCAAAUCAAUUGUUUUAAUAUUUAAUUAUUUGUAUAAUGCAUUAAAAUAUAAGAAGAAGUU